AUGCCACCAGAGCGCAUAAUUGACGAAGACGAAGAAUACGAGUCUUCUCAAGAUUCCGACUUUGCGCCCGAUGCCGACGAUGCGCCCGACGUUGCGUCCAGCUCUUCAGAUUCAGAAGAUGGCGACGAUAACAGGGUUGCGAGAAAACGCCAACGGCCGGUGAAAGAUGCGGGCGCCGAUGGAGCAGAGGAACCAAAUAACUCGGGUGAUGAGGCGAUAAUUGAAAAAGGCAGGAAAAAGCAAAAAAGAGCCAAAGCCAAGGGCGAAGCUGUGGAUGAUGAAGGUGGUGAAGGUGGCUUGAUCAAGACGAGAAGUCAACGCGCUGCUGAAAAGGAAGAACGCAAGUUUGCCGCAAGUAGAGGGCCUGUGACGGUCGAUAUCGAUGCUGUUUGGGCAGAGAUGGUAGCCGGAGGCAUUUCAGCAUCAAAACCACUAGAAAACGUAGAAGAUAUGGCUGUAGACGAAAGCGAAAAGCCAGUCGCAGACGAGAAGCGCAAUUCAAAAGAAGACGAAUCUUCCAUGAUCCGCAUCAAGCGAACCUACAACUUUGCCGGCCGCGUCCAUACCGAAGAAAAGCUCGUCCCUCGUGACUCGGCAGAGGCGAAGCUCUAUCUAGCCUCUCAGGAGGGAGACGCGCCGCCAGACGCAUUACUCACCAAGCGACUUACCAAAAAGGCUUUCCGGUCCGCCUUCGAGCCCAUCAUAGAAGGCACAACAAGUCGUACGGAUCUGAACCUCGGACUGGCGGCCAGAAUGAAGGCGGCCAACGAAGCACAGGCGAAGAAGCUCAACACGGUGGAGAAGAGUCGCAUGGACUGGGCGGGCUUUGUGGACAAGGAGGGCAUAAAGGACGAGCUGGAGCUGGCUGGCAAGUCCAAGGAUUCUUAUGCCUCACGGCAGGACUUUUUGGCUCGAAGCGAGGCUCUCAGAGAAAACGAGGCCCAGAGAGCGAGGGUGGUGGGACGGUUGUAA